CUCCGAGGCUGCUGCGGAUGCUGCUGCUGCUGGCGGCGGCGGCGACCCCCGGGCUGCUCAGGCUCUGGCAGCUGAGCUGAGGGCCGCACAUGACCGCGGCCCGCCCAGGUCCACCCGCAACGACCCGCGGUUCAUGGAGACGUUCUUCCGCUCCUCGCGCCUGCACUUCAUCGGCACCUGGAAGACACGCAUCGAGGCACUCAUGGCGGAGGUGGAGGCGGGCGCACCCGCACCCGCGCCGUACAGCAAGGGCACGGAGCGUGUGAUCCUGCAUGUGGACAUGGACUGCUUCUUCGCGAGUGUGGCGGCGGUGGGGCGACCCGAGCUGGCGGGGCGGCCGCUGGCGGUGUGCCACUCCAACAGCGCGCGGGGCACCUCGGAGGUCUCAUCGGCCAACUACCUGGCCCGCUCGUCCGGCGUGUGUGCCGACAUGUUCAUAUCGGAGGCCCGCCGCCGCUGUCCGCAGCUGGUGGUGGUGCCGUACGAGUUCGACAAGUACCAGGCGGUCUCGGAGCAGGUGUACCGCAUCCUCAUGUCCUACACCGCACUCGUACAACCCAUCUCCUGCGACGAGGCCUUCCUGGACGUCACCGGCCUGGCACCCGACCCCGAGCAGCUCGCCUCGCGACUGAGGGCGGAGAUCGCGCACAAGACGGCGUGUACGGCAAGCGCCGGCAUCGGGCCCAACAUGCUGGUGGCGCGCCUGGCGACCAAGCGCGCCAAGCCGAAUGGGCAGUUCCGAGUGACCCGCGGGUCGGUGCUGGACUUCAUGGGCGACCUGAACGUGGAUCAAUUGCCUGGUGUGGGCUGGUCGCUCUCCUCCAAGCUGCAGACCCUGGGUAUCACCUCCGUGCGCCAGCUGUGGGCCACCUCGCGCACGCUGCUGCAGCGGCAGCUGGGCGCCAAGCUGGGUGCGGACCUGUGGGCGCAUGCGCACGGAGUGGACGAGCGGA